AUGCUGGCGUCCGCCCCCAAGCGCUGCCGCGCGCCCAGCAGCGACAGCGACGACUACCUCCCGGCGGCGCACAACUACCAGCUGGCGCCCAUGAAGGCGCUUCUGCGCUCGGCGCGGCGCGACUUCUACCUGCAGAGUCUGGCGGACUCGAUCAAGUCCGAGAAGCAGGAGGAACAAGAGGAUUUGGGGGUCAAGCCUGCGCCUAAUUCGGACCUGGAGCUGGGCAAUAAGUGCCGCAAACUGGCGGAGUUGAUCGCCAAUUCCAGGCAUUUAGUGGCCUUCACGGGCGCCGGCAUCAGCACGUCCGUGGGCAUUCCGGACUACCGCGGGGAGCACGGCAUUCGCACGAAAAACUUUGAUAAAUCCAAGCUCAGCAAGGCCAAGAAACGGCGUAAAACGGACGAAGACAAUGAAGAGGACGGCAGCGAAGGGGACGAGAACGACGCUAAAAAUGAGGCGGCGCGGAUUAAAAUCCCGGACUUUAACUCGCUCGUGCCCUCCACGACCCACAUGGCGCUCUACGAGCUGCACCGCCUCGGGUAUUUGAAGCACGUAGUGUCCCAAAACGUGGACAACUUGCACCUUAAAAGCGGCGUGCCGGCCAGUGCAUUGACCGAGGUGCACGGUAAUGCCACGCAGGCCAAGUGCGAGACGUGCGAGAAGAUUUACACCAAGGACUUCCCCUGGACUGGACUGUGUGAUGACCCCGAGUGCGUGAGCACCAAACGACCCGUGGAGCAGAGGCUGAGGGCGCGUACACGGCAUGGGAACGGCCGACUGAAAAGGAACGUGGUGGGCUUUGACGAGCCGCUGGGCGAUAUCGACCUGGCCAUCGACGAGUGUGAAGCGGCGGACGUGGCGCUGGUGCUCGGCACGUCGCUGCGCGUGGAGCCGUUCUCGGAGAUGGCGGGGGAUUACGCUGGCUCGCUGUGCAUUGUCAACUUGCAGCCCACGACGACCAAGCUGGACCGCCGCGCGGAGGAAACGGGCGUGCGGUUGUUCGAGAAGACGGACGUGGUGAUGGAGAAGACCAUGCAGUUUUUGAUGAAGGACCCCAGCUAUCGAGUUCCUAAGUGGACAGGAGAGCACCCGACUUCGGUGUUUGUCCCCGAGCACGAGAGCUCGAAUCUGGUCAACGUGCUCGCUGGCCGGAUUCUCUCAUGA